UUCUUUGUGUUUCUUGCGGUUAUCAGUGUGUACACUAAGAUCCAAAUCACCAAAUUCUGACUGGAAUGCUAUACUAAAUACGCAUAAACAGGAUAAUGUUGUCCUCGCUAAUAAAAGAACAUCAAACUAAACAAGCAGCGAAAAGAGUCAUACAAGAACAAAAACGCAAGGAAUGUAUAGCUGCAGCAAAUGAUCUAACACAAGCUUUAGUUGAUCAUCUUAAUGUUGGUGUCGCUCAAGCUUACUUAAACCAAAAGAAGCUAGAUGCUGAAGCAAAAUUAUUACAUCAAGGAGCCAUUAAUUUCUCAAAACAGACACAACAGUGGUUAGCGUUGGUUGAGAACUUCAGUAGUGCACUAAAAGAGAUUGGUGAUGUAGAGAACUGGGCUCGCAGCAUUGAGAAUGACAUGAAAAUUGUUACCGACACACUAGAGAAUGCUUACAAAAUGGCUCAAGAACAGCCAAGCAGUACACAAAACAACCAAUAAGCUAUUGUUUACUUGAUGACAAUUGUUUGUUGUUAUGAACAUGCAAUUUCCAUUGCAAAGUAUGGCUGGCAAGAAGAAAUACACAAGUAUUUUUAUAUUAUACACCCUUAUCUAAAUUAAACUGAAUAAGCACUAAAAUUUUUACAACAGAGUAGACAGAGAUUGAAAAAAAAACAUUUUAAAUAACUAACUAACCUUUCCAAGUAGACAGAAGUUAUAGGAUUGUAAUUUAGGUGUUCAAAGGCUGAGGAAGGUUAUGUUAUGUGAAGAAUUAUAUCCUAAAGUAUUUGUUUUGUAGACAGUACUGAAUAUUUAGAUGUAUUGCUAUGAAAACUGCAUGUUGAUAACAAUCACUAAUGAUAAUUAUAAUGCCUAAUAGUAAUUGCCUAUUGCAAUAAUAUUUAUUUUCCUGCUAACUGCCAAAAAAGUGUAGAUGGACAUACACAGCAUUUUUUUCAAGGAGUAAUCCUACUUGUAUUUCUCUAUCCUUCUAAAGACCAUGGCCAAAUUACAUUAAUUAAUGUUAUUAUGAAACCAAAAGAAAUCAACCAUGUUUCCUUCACUAUUGAUUUCAACUUAAUUUUCUUUGCUUUAGGAGGCCUUAGCAAUUAGCAUACUUAAAAAAUUAUGAUAGAUAGAGGACCGGAAUAAGCAUGGGUGUGAUUAGGGUUAUAAAUAUUAAUUAUAAUAAAUAUACUUAUUUAAGUUAAUCUAAAUAAAAUCGUUUAAAUUAAGUUGAUAGGUAUGUAUACAUAUAAUAAAACUUAAAUAAAGCAUGUUUAUUUCAAGAAA